CUCUGCCGGCUGCUCCUUCUCCCCUCUCUGCCUGGAGCGAAGGCUGAACGAAGUGGCCGCUUUUCCUGCUGGCUGGCUCGCCCUGACGGAGGAGCAGCUCCCGCUGCCCGGCUGCUGCCGGCGGUAACCACUGCUGUGUGCUGCUGGGAGCUGCUGCACAGCGGAGCCAUUAGGGCAGUGCAGUCAGACAGAAAACUCGGAAUAACAACUUAAAAAACGCUUCUACCCUGCAGGAGAAGCUCUCCCUGCAUUGUAGGUUACAAUUCUGUUCAAAUGCCUUUUAAGCGGGGUUUAAGAGGAAUAAUCAAAAUUCCCUAUGUAUUUCUUUGAAAGCUCACAGCUAUCUUUCAAAAUUAGCUAAAGAGGUAAAACAGUAGCCAGGAAAAAUCUUUCUGCCUCAGACUUACGAAAUCUCUGAUGGUUUGCUGGGCUAUAUGUUCACAUAACCUGUAUGCUGAUGAUAAAUAAUAUUGCACAAAAAUAUUGUCCUUGGGAAAUAUCACAUUAGUUCAGCCAUUGUUUCCUUUGGUUUUUGUUUUUUUUUAAUGUUAAAAAGCAAGAUUAUUAUUUUGAGUAAAAAUUUGGGUAUGAUGGCAAGAAUUUUUGGAACUUGACAAUUGGACUGGAUAUAGUACUGGAUAUGUUAGACAAGAACUAAGCUGCAGGAGUUUCGCUGAUUUGCAGUUACAUGAGGAGAAGUUAUUUUCAAAGUCAGCACAUUUAUGGACAAACAAAAUGAAGGAACUAGUGUCAAACAGUACAACCAGUAUUUCUCAAGCCAGGAAAGCUGUGGAGCAAUUAAAAAUGGAAGCAUACAUGGAUAGAAUAAAGGUAUCCAAGGCUGCAGCAGAUUUAUUGGCAUAUUGUGAUGCACACAUUGGAGAAGAUCCCCUUAUUAUUCCUGUACCUGCAUCUGAAAAUCCUUUUAGGGAGAAGAAACUCUUUUGUACUAUCCUUUGAGUCAGUUUUCAAUUAAAAAUGUCAUCUGCUAAAACUUGGUAUCAGUGUUGCAUGCUUUUAGCAUUUUUUUCCUCAGAUGUCAACACUUACCCCAUAACUACAAUAUUUUUGGAAGGUAGUGCAAUUUUGGCUAAAAACCCCCCUAAAAUUAAAAAACAAAAAAAAAUUAAAAAACUAAAAAUUCAAGGUAAUGCUUAUCUUUCAGAGCAAUGUACAAGUUAAUUUCAGUGCUUCAUAAAUAUUCUUUUGGUCUUAGUGAAAAUACCAAGUACAGUAUCAAAUUGUAGUUAUCUUUGCCAGUAAUAGAUUUUUCUGGGAUCUAAAUGAGUCAUAUCAAUUCUUGAAGCUAUUUUUAACAUUCUUAUUUUCUUUGGAAGGUGAAUUUAAUUCAAUUGCCUUUAAAAAUUUCUAUCUAAAGAGAAUAGUGUGACCUUUUCCUCAAGUAGCACUAUUUAGGAAAAAGUCCCAGUGAUUUACAAUGUUUACAGUGAUUGCUCUUAUACAGUAAGUGGUGUCUAUAAAUAUGUUUUCUGAAGACUGUUUUUUCUUGACUACAAAAACAAUCCUAGUAAAGUGCCAUUGUAGCUCUGAGCAGAAUGAAGAUGUAUAAUUACACAUCAGGAUUGCAUCAAUAAAAAUGUAGAAAAAU